CAUUUGUACGCCUGCUCGUGCUAAAAAUAAGGCUCACACUGCAUCCUCCAAGACUGUUCAAUUGUGUUUGGACAACUCUGCAUCUUCCAAGAGAGAUUUUGAAGCUACCAUGGUGAGGCUCCUGAUGCUGCUGCUGCUGCUGCUGCUGCCUCACACAAUGUGCAAAGGCAGGAGAAUGAAGUGCCCUGCAGCUGAUCCAAUAUUCGUGCCCCAUGAAUGGGGUCAAGCAGGGGACCUCUUCAUUGGUGGAAUUGUUACUCAGAGCACCUACGUUUUUAAUGAAGUUUCAUUCACGGUACAUCCUUCUCAGGAGCUGUUUGACGUUCCACAGUAA